AUGGCGGAUUUCAAUCCCUACGAUCAGAACGUCACGUUCUUCUACAACGACGGAACGCCCUUCAACGUGUCUAUCUCUGACAUCGAUUACUUGAUCCAGGCCGGCGUCCAGACCUCCAUCAACUACGGCUCCCAGAUCGGUGCCUCCAUCGUGAUUUUUGUCAUCCUGCUGCUGUUGACCAAGGCGGAAAAACGCCGCUCAGCCGUUUUCGCGCUCAACACUUCGGCGUUGGUCUUGAACAUCAUCCGGAUGAUCUGUGAAGCGCUGUACUUCACGAGCGACUUCUUCAAGGCCUACCCCUUUUUCACCGGAGACUACUCGGGGGUCCCAGUCAGCGCCUACGCGACACAGAUUCUGGCCGUCGUCUUGACUUUCCUCCUGGUCGUCUGUAUUGAAGUCUCCCUGGUCCUGCAGACCAUAGUCGUCUGCACCAAUCUGAGUGAUAAGUACAGACGCAUCAUUCUCGGUGUAUCAGUGGGAGUUGCGCUGGUGCCCAUUGGCUUCCGGUUGGGCAUGGUUGUUGAGAACGCCAAGGCUAUUGCGGCGAAUGCGAGUUUCGGGGCCUUUAUCUGGCUGCAGAAGGCCAACACUGUCCUCCUCACGGUCAGCAUCUGCUUCUUUUGCGCGAUCUUCGUCCUCAAGCUCGGGUAUACUAUUUGGAAGCGAAAACAACUCGGCAUCGCACAGUUUGGCCCCGUCCAAGCGAUCUUCAUCAUGGGUUGCCAGACCAUGAUUGUGCCAGCAAUCUUUUCGAUCCUGCAGUUUGUCACGUCCGUUCUGGAAAUCAAUUCCAACAUCCUUACUCUGGUCGUUAUCUCUCUGCCCCUGUCUUCCCUGUGGGCGGCUGCAGCGCACCACAGCAGGCAAAAUCCUUCCGAUCGUGCUGGAUCCAGGCCCAAGCCGUGGAACAUACUUUUCUCGGAUUCAGCGGCUUCAGCCAGAAAGGAGUCGGCAGCGCGUCCCUUCCCCAUGGCGGCCAAAUUGCCCUCUUCGUCCAGCGAUGCUCCGCCCGCCGAUCAUGUUGACCUGCUGUACCCGGACCUGGAAAGCGGAAGCGCGAUCGCUGUUCAGCGCGAUUUCAGCGUGGAGAGCUCUGCUUGCAUCGCGCCCAUGCGUCAGGAUACUUGGAAAGAGGUCUAG